AUGGGCCAGCUGCCAGGUGAUCUCGGUUACGGUUCAAACCAAGAACUCCUCGGCUCAAGAUGCGACGUGAUCCGCGCAAGGCUGGGUGUCGCAGGUGUCCGAUGGAUGGCCACUUGGGAUCUCCCAGAAGACAUUGGCGACGAUAGAACAAAAUUAACGCCUGCGGAACAAGCGUGGUCUUCUCAUCAGCAUUACCUCGAGAGUCAUGGGUUCAUCUUACGGCCACGUCUUAGGCAGGAUUGGAAGCCUUCGUGGAUCGAGACAGGAGGCGAUCCUUCUAAAUACGAAGACUCUACGCAUUACGGUAAUAUGCUUAUCGAUAUACUAUUCACAACACAACAACUUAUGCUGUUUAAACAGGAACUUGGUAUAGUUGAUGCUAUUCGAGUGUCGGACGGAGCACACAUUGUCCUCAAAGCUGUACGAAGCGCACCUCCCACGACUCUGACAUCCCUGGGCCAACCGGACGAACUUGGCAUUCUCAAGCGCCUUCACACGCCACCGUUUACUGGCCACAUAUGCAACCAUGCAGUGCCACUGUUAGGCUCACUCCCCAUGCCAUGCACGACUGAAGGGAGCAUAGCUGUGCUGCCUUUGCUCAGAGUAUACGAUGAUCCCCCGUUCGUAAACGUAGGAGAGGCCGUUGAGUUCAUGAAACAGGUACUGCGGGGCCUGGCUUUUAUGCACGCACAAAAUGUGGCGCAUCGGGACAUCAGGCCUUCAAAUAUUAUGAUGGCUGGAGAAGUCCUCUACGACCAACCUUUUCAUCCAGUCGCACAAUCACUGUCCCUCGAUGCGCAGACCAUUCUACGCCCACAUGCCCGACAUGAGCUGGACUCCCACCGCCGCCAUGACGGGGAGUCAGCGCUAUUUGCCGCCCGGAACUGCGGUGGAUGGGAAACCCAAAUCCAGGUUCCUGCGGUGUUCAAGAGGUCAACUGGGGCGCUUUCCAGAGGCUAUGCUGACGGCUGGGCACGACCCCUUCAAAGCAGAUGUGUAUUGCCUCGGAAAAUACGUUAUAGACGACUUGAUCAUGCAGCACUUGGCGUUGGCCCCCUUCACCUCGGUUGCGCGCUAUAUGACCAGGCGCGAUCCUCGCACAGACCGACAGCGGCAGAGGCUUUUGCGCACUUUGAGACAAUACGUGGCUCUCUCGAGGCUAAAUGUCUUGGCAUCCCACUCAAUAGCAAAGGCAUAAUGUGA